GGCCGCUCGGGAUAGCUGUUCUCUCGGCAUGCGACCUCCGCGGCUGCCCCCGUCCUGGUUUCCUAGGGCGCUGCUCGCCGCCAGCGUUUAGUUGCCUGUGCCCCGAGCUUCUUUUUGCCCGCGUUUUUGGAGGCAAGCCCAGCCACCCUCCGUCGCUGCACCAUGUCGGAGACUCGAAGCGACGAUGGCAAGAAGGAGACGCAGGUGGAAGGUGGCGGCUUGUACCUGGAAGAGGGACAGUGCGACUCGGGUUUCGGCUGCAGCCGCUCCCUGCCCGGGCAGCUGGGAGACGGCGAGCCCCGAUCGCCGCCAGCCCCCGGGAUGCCCGGGGAAAGAGGCCCCGAUCCCCCGGGCACAGGCAAGGAGGAAACAGACGCCGCCUUGGAGCCGGAGGAAAGGCUCGACUCCAGCUACGGUUCGUCUUCUCUGGUCGAGUCUUUGCGGGGGCUGGAAAAGACCCCCGAAAAGGAGGAGGAGGAGGAGGAAGAAGAAGAAAGACUUCGGCGGCAGCUGCUGGAGACUUUCCCUUUCGUCUCUGAAGACGGAGACACGCUACUGCACCUGGCAGUCAUCCACUGCAUGCCUUCUAUAGCACUCUGCUGCAUUGCCCAUUUGCCAAUGGAGGUCUUGGAGAUCCAGAAUGACUUAUUCCAGACCCCGCUACACCUGUCUGUGUACCUGGAGCAGUCUAAUGUAGUGCAAGAAUUAGUUUUGAGAGGGGUGAACACAGCAUUACAAGACCGCAACGGAAACACCCCACUACACUUGGCCUGUGAGCAGCAGAGUCUGGAGUGUGCCCAGCUGCUGCUGGAGCCAGUCUUUGGCAAGCCCUUGGAGUCCAGGAGAACCAUACAAAAUCUGCAGCUCCAGAACUGGCAAGGCUUGACCUGCCUGCACAUCAGCACCUUAAAAGGAAAUCUGCAGCUGAUGGCACUGUUGGUGAAGAGUGGAGCUGACAUAAAUGUUCAGGAUGGUACAAGUGGAAAGACACCACUUCACUUAGCGGUGGAGAACCAUGACGAGAUGUCUGUGAAGCACCUUCUGCAAAUGGGAGCCCAGGUUGAUGCUCGGAUGUACAAUGGCUGCACCCCACUUCACCUGGCCGUAGGCAGGAAGGACGCUGCCAUUGCUGCCAUCCUCUGUCACUCGGGGGCAGACACCUUGCUGCGGAACAUGGAGGACGAGACCGCCCAGGACCUGGCUGAUGGCAACGACGAUAUACUUACUCUCCUGCCCUUUGAUGACCUGAAGAUCUCUGGGAAGCCUGUGGUGUGCUCCAGUUGAGCAUCUUAAGGCUUGAAUUAGGUCCUCAGUUUUUUGGGAGAUGGAAGACCAGAACACUGCUGCUACAGGUGGACCAGACCAGAGCUGGCUCCCAGAAAAUAAAUCCGCUUGUAGCAGAGUCUGACUGGCUUUGUGCCUCCUUCAGACACUUCUUGAUAGUGCACUGGACUGUGGGAGCUGCUGCUGGAGGAACUCUGCUCCUUGUACAUUAUUGCCUGGAAGAUGAAAGGGAAUUGCCUCCCUUUUGAAGGACACAGGCUCAGACAGGCCUACGUUUGCUUUACCUGCUUUGGCCCAAAGGCCAGAGAUUCUGGAGAGGUGUCUUGAUUCCUCCCCCCUCCCCCUUAGACUGUGCAGUGAAUAGAGAUGGCAAAUGAGCUCUGCUUCCCUCAGAAGCCUAC